CCGCCACGGCGCCAAGCAACCAUUCGAUAACUACCUUACCUGCGGAGUAAUACUAGUCAAGUCGCUAUCCGGAGCUUGUCCGAGAAGAAGCGUGUCUAAGUCAACUGCAACUCAAACGGCAGGCCGGUACGAGCAACCGCCGAUUAUCGAUAAGAGCUCCGUGGGGUGCACCCCGGUUGUGAGUUGUGAAUUGCGACUUGAGACUCUUCAACUCAACUCAACUCCAAUCAUCCGUCUUUACACACAGCCAAGGCAGAGACCAAAACUUCACAGUCGCUCACGAUGGGUUCAUCAAUUCAAGACGCCCGGCCUUCAGUGAAACUCACCCAGGGAACCGUCAUCGGCACAGUCGUGUCAGACAGUCUCCCCCGGCCAGUCGAAGCCUUCAAGGGUAUUCCGUAUGCGCUCCCGCCAACAGGAGAUCGCAGAUUCCGCGCGCCGGUCAAAGUCGAACCCUCAACAAAGGAAAUCGACGCCUCGAAAUGGGGUCCCGUUGCGCCGGGCAAGCAGCUAUUCCCCGGCGGACCGGCGUUUGAGUACAGCGAGGACUGUCUGACUGCCAAUGUGUUCCGGCCCGUUUCGUCGUCUCGGGAUGAGACGCUGCUGCCCGUGGCCGUGUACAUCCACGGCGGCGCAUUCAACAGAGGCACGGCCAUGAUGCACAACACUGCUUCGUUCCUAGCCAACUCGGGGCAGGCUUUCAUUGCGGUUUCCUUCAACUAUCGUAUCGGAGCUCUCGGCUUCCUCCCGUCCACCAAGAGUUUCGAGGAAGGCUCCGUGAACCUCGGUUUGAAAGAUCAAAUCAUUCUUCUCGAGUGGGUUCGCGACAACAUCACGGCAUUUGGCGGAGAUCCCAACAACGUCACUCUCUUUGGCAUCUCCGCUGGAGCACACUCUAUCGGCCACAUCCUCAUCAACGACGAAGGCCAAUACAACCCACCCCUCUUCCACAAAGUCAUCCUCGAAUCCGGCGCCCCAACAUCCCGCGCAGUCCGCCCCUACAGCGCCCCCAUCCACGAAGCCCAAUUCGCAGACUUCCUCACAGAAACAGGCUGCCCGCCCAACCUCUCCGCCGCCGAAACCUUUGCCUACCUCCGCGCCGCGCCCACAGAAGUCGUCCAACGAGCCCAAAUCGCAGUCUUUGACAAGUACAACCCCUCCCUCCGCUGGGCCUUCCAGCCCGUCGUCGACGGCGACAUCAUUCCCCGCCCGCCAAUGGAAUCCUGGCGCCUCAACAAGUGGCGCAAAGUCCCCAUCAUGACGGGCUUCAACCGCAACGAAGGCUCCAUCUACAUCUCCAAAAAGGUGUCCGCCUCGGACGAAUUCACCUCCUUCUUCGCGGACCUGCUCCCCUUGCUCUCCAAAGAGGACGUCAAAACCAUUGACAAACUCUACCCGGAUCCCCUCACCAUCCCCACCUCGCCCUACAAGGAAUCCCUCGACGGCACGGGCGCCCAAUACCGCCGCCUCGAAAUCGCCUACGGGCAGUACGCCUACGUCGCGCCCGUCCGGCAAACAGCCGACCUCGCCUCCCGCGCGGACCCGGAGCUGCCGGUAUACCUCUACCAAUGGGGUCUCGAAAGCUCUCUCCUCGACCGCGCGCGCCACGGCGAGAACAUGUACUACGAGGCCUGCGAGCCCGCGAAAACAAAAAUCUCACCGACGCAAAAGGAGCUAUGUCUGACGCUGAACGCGUACCUGGCCAGCUUCAUUGUCGCAGGCGAUCCGAAUGUCGUGCGGGGCGAGAGCGCGCCCGAGAGGCCGGUGUGGGAGCGGUAUGUGGCGGAGGAGCCCAAGGCGUUGGUGUUUGCGGAGGAGAAUAAAGAGCUUAUUGGGGGCGAGGCGGGAGUUCCGGCGAGGUCGCAUGCCGAUACGUGGGCGAGGAAGGAGUCGGAGUUUUGGUGGACCAAGGUUGAUGUGUCGCAGCAAUGAGUGUCGUGGCUGAGUAGAAAUAAAAAGUAAAAGUUCAUGACAUGAUGGCUCGGUUCUUGUUUUCCUGUUGCCUAUGUGUGAUCACUGCCCAUGAGAUAGGCUCCAUGGUGAAAUGUUGCGUCCAUUGAUCUCGUUUAUUCUCUCGUUCAUUCAGCUGAACGAAUCUGGGCCUAUUGAGGUGGUGAAGUCUUAUGUCUACUUGAGUGGCGUUCUAUAUGCUACUCUCAAGUUGAGGCUGGAUCAAUACCAGACAAUGGUGGACAUUGGAUGACGCUCAGAUGCGGUGUAAUGCCAACUACCUUUGUCAAGAGGUAGACAUACAGGUACAUGUCUUGCAAGGGACCACAGGGUAAGCUGUAACAUUCGUGAAGAGAUUGGAGACUAGCAGUCCGUAGUUUUCUUGAUAGUACGGUCCUCAUAGAAAG